GCACAGAUUACAGAGUAUAACCUCUGUGAUCUGUGAGUGGAAGUCACUGGAAGCUUAUAGUAAACAGUUUAUUUUGGUGUAUUUGUGCUGGUAUUUGAAAGUUUCUUAUUUGAUUUUUACUCACGUUUACAAUAUAGUGAAAUAUCAGUAAAAGACGCCUAUUUAGGUCUGUGGGUUUUCCGGUCAAUAGAUGACGGCAAAAUAAAACACUAUUUUUCAUGGGCCAACGUUUCGACUAUAUUUAAGUCAUCCUCAGGGCUCUACGAAGUUAGCAUAGAUAAAGCCUGAAGAUGGGGAAGUUAGUGCCUUUUUAGACUAAAAGUACACCUACCUCGAACGGUAUGUUGCCCUCUCUGUACAUUUGGUGCAAACAUGGCACUAACUUUAUAUAGAGCCCUGAGGAUGACUUAAAUAUAGUCGAAACGUCGGCCCAUGAAAAAUAGUGUUGUAUUUUUGCCAUAAACCUAUUGACCGGAAAACCCACAUACUUAAAUACGCGUCUUUCACUGAUUAUCAGUACAACCACUUCAAUUAUACAUCAUAGUGAAAUAUAUUUAUUAUGGAGGAUAAAACGCAAAUUUUUUUAUGUGGCAUUUGUAAAGGUCCUUCUUUUUCAACACGGUUUAGUCUAAGAGCCCAUGUAAAGAAAUUCCAUCCAGGAAAAGUGGAGGAGUUAGUUCCGAAAAAGACCUACAAUAUCUCUGCUGUCUGCGAUAAAUGCAAUAAAGCAUUCUCACAAUAUUCCAGUAUGAGACAGCAUGUGAGAAAUUUCCACCCAGGUAAUUAGUAAGUUUUCUAAAUUACCUCUCAAUGUAUAUGAAAUUGAAGUUUUGUCGAAAUAUAAGUGUUAUCCUUACAAAUGCCCUGAAUGUCCAAAGCAAUUUUCCGGAGUGACGAAUUUUAAUGCCCAUAAAAAGAUACAUCAGACCAAGAUAGUUACAGGGAACAGGUCCAACCAAUUAAAAUGUCCUUUAUGCAAAUACGAAGAUAAUUUAAAAUCGAAGUUAAUUCAUCAUUUUGAAGAAAACCAUCAAAUAGUCGUUAAGUCUGAAAAUAUGCAAUUUGAUUCAGAAGAACAAUUUGAUAUUUGGAAAUUAGAAGAAGAAAAGAGCACAAAGUCAUGUUUUAUAAAGAAACGUGGCGCAAAGACUACUUUAAAUGGUACCAAAACUACGUAUGUCUGCCAUAGAUCUGGGAAAUACAUUUCCAAAGGAAAGGGUGAACGGAAUUUGAAAUGCCAAGGAUCGAACAAAAUUAAUGCUUUUUGUCCAGCCGGUAUGUCUAUGACUCAAAAAGCAAAUAUUUGCAGUGUAGAUUAUAUCAAAACACAUGUUGGACAUCAAAACGAUUUGGCCCAUUUAUUUUUAAGUUAUGAAGACAAACAAAAAAUAGCUAGUAAAAUAGCUGAAAAUAUUCCCUUAUCUGUAAUUUUGGAUGAGGUUCGGGAUUCCACAUCUACCACAAAAACUGACAGAAUACAUCUACUUACUAAGAAAGAUUUGUUUAAUAUUAAACAGACAAAUAAUUUAAAUGCCAGGCCUGUCCGACAUAGGAAUGAAGCGAUAAGUGUCCAAACAUGGGUAGAUGAACUACAAAAAAGUAAUUGUGUAGUCUUCUAUAAAGCACAAGAUGAAUUAUGUGAAGGGUACCCACAUCUUAAAAGCCAAGAUUUUCUCUUAAUUCUAAUGACCGAUGGUCCGAAAGAGAUGCUUAACAAGUUUGGACGCGACUGUAUCUGCAUAGACGGCACAUUUGGGUCAAAUUGUUACGGGUUUGACUUAGUAACAUUACUAGUACUUGACGAUAUGCGAGAAGGAUUUCCAUGUUCAUUUCUGAUAUCCAGUAGAACUGAUGCAGAAGUUAUGUCCAUAUUUUUUUAUUUCAUUGGGCAGAGCUUGGAAACGCAAGUUUCCCCAAAGGUCUUUAUGUCAGACACAUCAGAAUCAUUUUUUAAGGCCUGGUUGAGAGUUAUGGGCCCUCCGAAAUAUCGUCUGUUUUGCACCUGGCAUGUGGAGCGAGCAUGGAAGGAAAAUCUAACAAAGAUUACUUCUAAGGAGACAGAGGUGCUGGUGCACCAACAAUUGCGUACCUUACUCGAGGAAACCGAUAAACAAGCAUUUUCGGUGAUGUUGAAUACAUUUUUGAAUUCUCUAUCUGAGAAUGAGUCCACACUAGACUUUUUAAAUUAUUUUAAAGCAAACUUCGCAAACAAAGCUGAAGCCUGGGCUAACUGCUAUCGCCUACACACUGGCCUGGACACUAAUAUACACAUAGAACGCAUGCAUCACACCAUAAAGAAUAUAUAUCUAAAUGGCAAACAUAAACGAUUGGAUAAGGCUAUAAAUGCUGUAUUAAAAUUUGUACGAGAUCAACUUUUUGACCGAUUAAUUACAGUUCAAAAAGGCAAACUGUGUGGAAAAUUAAGGGAACUAAAAUCAAGACAUCAGGCCAGCCAAAAACUGAAUUCAAAUUUAGUGAUGAAGAUUGAAACUGGUUGGCAGGUUCCUUCAAAUACCACUCAAGAGCUAUAUUUUGUGGAGCAAAGAAAGCUCCACUGCAAUUGUAAAAUAAUUUGCCAAGAAUGCGACGCUUGUCUCCAUCAAUACUCCUGCACCUGCAUAGAUUCAAGUGUCAGAUAUAAUAUGUGUAAACACAUACAUUUAGUUUGCACACAUGAAAAACAUUUAUUGGAUGAAAACUGUACCCUAAAUGACAUCCAAGAAAUGGACAUAGAUCAAGCUGACGAUACCGUAGUAAUUCAAGAAUCCACAUGCGAAAAUGAAAUAGAGGAUUUAGUUAGUAAGGAAAAUCGGAGAGAUAUCAGCAAAUUGGAUCAAGACAAAUUAUAUCUAAAGCACUGGGUGUGUGCUCAGAUAGAUAGAGUGUCUACAGUUCCAGAAUUUAUUAAAGUGAAAGAUAUAAUCGCUCCAGUCGAAGCAGCACUAAAUACAAUUAAAGUUUAUAACAGCAGGCCCUGCAAAAAGACGAGAAAGUCCCCACAUAACAAAAACAUUGAUGAAUAAAAACUUUGAAAUAAGACGUUUUAAGGCGUAUAAUAGCUAUUGACGCAGCUGCUUUUGGAAGCCCUGAGAAAUGUCUCAUAUUAUUCUAAGCGUGAAGAAACCAAAGAGCCAAACCUGUACCUCAAAUGUGUGUGUAAUCAAAAAUUUUAAUAACAUUCAUAUAGCAUUUUUGGGAGACAAAAGACUAGUAGCAAACGAAUUGUGCGAUGAUAUAAAAGAUAAUGAGCAGAUUAAUAGGUAUGUGUUUUCCACUCGCAUUUCCGGUCAAUAUGUUAGUUAUUAACAAUUUAUUGCCAAAAAACUCGAUUUUUGUCUUCUUUUGUUUAUAACUUUGAAACUAAUGGAGCAGUCGGAAUGCUGCGAGAUGGUUUGUAGAGAACAAAAAGAUCUACAAAAUGAGAGGUCAAACGCCUCAAUCGCAUAAUUAGUUUCUGAGAAAUUUAGGAAAAACCGGAAAAUUGGACGUUUUUUCGAAAAUUCAUAGCGCCCGCAUUUUUUGAGCUGGAGCGUUAAAAUUUUGAGCCAAAGUAGGGAUUACAAUGUUCUUUAUAUGUACCAAAGGCGGGUGCUUUCGAAUCAUUAGUUUUCUCAAAAUCGCGAUUCAAAAUUUGCAGAGCGCGCCUUGCACUCGAGUGAUGGGGACCGCAGCAGCGGCGGAGGGGAACCGUAUAUACAG